GUUCUGAUCAAAAAAGAAAGAAUUCAAUCAUAGUGAAAAAAACUAUUUAGUAUCAAACCAAGUAGCCAUUCCAUCUUCAUACUCCUUUCCCCCCCUUCUUCUGAUGACAGUGAACUGAUUCCUCAUGUUCUUACCCAAACGCUGAAUCAAAAGCACAGCAGGAACAGAAUCCUCUCCAUGCCUUCUUCUAUUCCGCUCUCUCCAUAUUGUAUGAAUAGCAAUUAAGACGCAUGUUAUUAGACUCCUACGUGUAUUCUUAUGGAUCACUCAUGUGAGCCUAAAAAUAUCCCCCUUGAGACCUUCUUAUUUAGUGUUUGACCCUCUUCUUCUUCAUGCUUUUGUAUCGAAAAAUAAAUCUUCCUAACCGCCACUAUUUAUUAUUUUAUUAAUUUUAAUGAUAUUUUCCACUAAUGACUUAUCUAGAAUCCAAAUGAACAGAUAAUUAGUCAGACAGAAUUUUAUAAAAUAAAAUUCAUUUUUUUUCUGAAAACAAAAGAUCCUCCUUCAGACAAGAGUUGCUUAAACCAUAAACCUCUCAAAGCCUUGAGGAGACAGAACAGGCUCCACUUCCUUCUCUUUCCUAAUACUAUUUUUCAACCAUCACGUUUUCUCGAGAUUUGAAUCUUCUUUUGGAUGAACUAAAGAUAAAAAAAAAAGAAAAGGAUGAAGAUUCAGUGUAACGUGUGCGAGGCGGCGGAAGCGGCGGUGCUAUGCUGCGCAGAUGAAGCUGCGUUGUGUUGGUCUUGCGAUGAGAAAGUUCACGCAGCUAAUAAACUCGCCGGAAAACACCAGAGAGUCCCUCUCUCUGUCUCUUCCUCUUCCAUACCCAAAUGCGAUAUCUGUCAGGAAGCUUCUGGGUUCUUCUUUUGUCUGCAAGAUAGAGCUUUGCUAUGUAGGAAGUGUGAUGUAGCAAUCCACACUGUGAAUCCUCAUGUCUCAGCUCACCAGCGGUUUCUUCUCACUGGAAUCAGAGUUGGUCUUGAGUGUACGGACACAGAUCCUUCUUCAAAACCUUCACCAUCCAAUGAUGACAAAACCAAUGAGGCAAAGCAAGUUACUCUGCCAACAUCUGAGCCUCAGAAGAUGGACUUUGAUCAUCAUAAGGUGGUUUUACCGGAAACUAAUGUCAGUGAUCACAUUUCGACAAAGCUUCCUUAUGCAAGCAGUGGAUCAGCUACUGGGAGCAUUCCUCAGUGGCAGAUAGAGGAGAUUUUCAGAUUAACUGACUUUGAUCAGAGCUAUGAGUACAUGGAGAUUAAUGGAUCAUCUAAGGCGGAUACUAGUAGACUAGGAGAUUCAGACAGCUCUUCAAUGAUGCGGUCUGGAGGAGAGGAAGAUGGAGAAGAUAACAGUAACUGCUUGGGAGGUGAGACAUCAUGGGCUGUUCCACAGAUUCAUUCUCCACCAACAGCUUCUGGUCUCAACUGGCCUAAACAUUUUAACCACCAUUCAGCAGUGUUUGUUCCGGACAUAUCUUCUUCAACUCCUUACACCGGUUCUUCCCCUAACCCGAGGGUUGGGAAACGGCGGCGACGGUUCUAGCCAUUCUCAACAACCGGCCGGUUUGUCAAGAGAUGUGAGACCAUUACAAUGAUUUGGAAACUUGUGUUAUAUUGUAGUUGGCUUGUGACUCAAUGUUGAAUGUUCUUUGUUAUACUAAUGGAAAAACAUGAUUUUUGAA